UGCUAACUGAGCGAUGGUAGACAUUUCGCGAUCGGCCAUACGACGAAAUAUCGCUCGCCCGAGAAUCAUCAUCGUCCCGCUUGAAUCGCGUUUGGUCAUUUUUGAAAUUUUAAACCCAACUCGCUCGAUCGCCGUUCGAACGGCGAUUGUGAUUAUGCCGAGCGCACUCGAUGGCGCGUGAUGCAUUGAUUCGAUAAAUCGCAAAAUGCAGAUUUCGCCCAGCUGCUCGCUCGAUGGCCACCGCUGAUGCAUCAUGGAACUGACGCCACUUCCUGGAUUAUAUUCGAAUCGGCGAAAUUUGAAAAUUGAUGAAUGGCAACGGAUUGAUUUUCAUCAGCUCGUAAGAUACUGAUAUAGAUAUCCUAUAGAGAAGUUCGUGAUUCUAAGGUAAAUCAUGUAUGAAGUUUUAAAAUAGGUAAAUUAACUUUCUAAAUAUCGUUUUAAGAUUCUCAAUAUAAAUAAGAUGUUUUAUUUAUUUGCACUAUGGCACAUCUUGUAACCUAUGAAGUAGAAUCGAGUAUUUAGAACAACUUAUCAAGAUUAAAAAAGUAUAGAAAGUGCAGAUCAGAUUCCUAUUACGAUGCGAUUUAUCGAUAUGCGUAUUUCUUUCUUUAUCUUAUUUCAAGUGGUAUUAUCAGCCUCCAUCUUAGUCUGAUUCAAUUUCUAAAACAUAUAUAUACAACGAUGUUUCUUAUUUGCUUUACGAUGAUCUUAACACGGAUAAUUGACAUCGCUACCGAUACCACGCGUGUAAAUAUUAAUAAAUACUGCAGAGAUAAAGAUAGAUUAAUUACAUCCGAGGAGAACGAUGAAUAUUUACUUGUCACAGCCGAGAGUAAUACAACAGUUAUAUUAGCGUGUCGUUAUUGGUAAGAAUUAUAAAUGUAUGAUAUCAUUAUCAUAUUUCAAAGCAAUGUAUUUUUCGAUCAAUUGUAUUACGAUUUUUACGUGAUUGUAUGAUGAUUUUUCAUAAAAGUAACGACCACGAAGAAUCACAACCGAAAAUCUGGUAUUACCAGGAUCGGUAUCGGAAAGAACAAGAAAAAGAGGUCGAAUUGGGGAUGGACAAUAAUGUUUCGUAUAGUAGAAUUUAUACAACGCCAGAUCUUUCUCUAGUCAUCAAGAGCUUCUCAGCUGCAGACGCUGGCAUUUACCGAUGCCAUGGCGAGGAGGGACAAGAGGAAGAGGAUAAAUAUAAUUACAGAAUCGAACCAAUCUUUAAAGAUAUUAGUGGUGAAUAUAUAGAAGAGGGAAACUUAACUGAAUGGGAGAAAUAUCGUGAAACAUAUUUGUGGCCUGUUACCACAAGAUUUGCUGUCUCGCAAAUGACGGACUUAGCUGAGAUCCGUGAGGAAGGAGUAAUUCUUCAAGUAAUAUCUGAAUGGGGUCCUUGGAGUUCGUGCAAAGAAUGCGUAGAUAAUCAUGGUAUUAAAACCAGCAGAGGCUACUGCAGAUUAAAGCGCAGUAUAAAUUCAACAAUAAUAGAGAGAAACGACUCGACUGUUGUAUACUUCUUUCAAAGAUCUCCAAUACUUCCCUGCAAAUCUGCUUUGCUUCAAGACGAAUUUCCUAGUAUCAGUCGUGUUAUACGAUAUUUGCCAGAAUUUAUCUUAAAAGAACCUUGCAAGAAAUGUCUACCUGUAAGGAAAAUAAAAAAAACCGAGAAAUUUCGAUACGCUAGACGAUAUGUUAUCACUGAGGGCGCGCAUCUUGCUAUAAUUUGUCCAGACUCAAGCACAGAAUCGCAAAUCGUUUGGAGAAAGGAUUCGCUCGUUUUGAGGAAGGGAACGGGUCGAUCAUUUCGUAAGAAAGACGAAGAAGCGCGAGUGAUUGUAGAUACUUUCUCGACGCUCUAUUUAAUAGAUGUAUCCAAAGAUGAACAAGGUAAUUACACUUGUUACGUGGAUAACAUUAAUAUGAUGCGCGCUAAGAUCAUCGUCGUAUCUAAGACUCGACUUUUGACACAAGCUUUUUUCCGGCAUUUGGGCUACUUGGGAUUUAUAUUCUUUAUAACUUUGUUUUGCUACUGCGCGGGUAUAAUAAGGAUAUACCGGCAGAGAGAUAAAUUUCAAGCCUUACCGCAAGAUGAUCCUCCUGGAGAGAAUGUUGAAUAAUUAAAGCGUUGAUAAAUAAUCACAAGUGACAUUACAAGAAAUGCAAAUCUCAUCGUCACCGAUAUCAUCGAUGUCCCGGCAUUGUGCGGCAUUGUGCGACAGACCGGUUAUCGGUCCGGGGAACGCUCCGCGAGACCUCGUAGCUAUUUCCUUCGCAUUCCCUCACCUCGAUCUUCCUCGCCAUACGAUGA